CUGACUUUACAACUGUCCAAUGUCAACUGUUCCUGAAGUGUUGCUGGAUACUGAAUGCUGUGGCUCGGGAGCUCAAAACCAUUUUUUACCUCCCUCUGAGAGAAGAAGAAGAAAGAGCUCUGCCCCCAAAACAGUCAAGACCUUUCUCAGGUCAGUCUUAAAUUCUUACCUCCCCCAGCACCUGCUUCUCAAGCCCUGAGGAUUUCACUGAGCCAAUUUAAUGCUGGUGGUCAGACAGUUUAAACCCAUUAGCUCCCAGCUAUCUGAAUAAUUUUCUCCUGGGCUGCCAGCACACAGACAGACUGCUCUAACCAGAACUGCAGAGCACUGCCACAGGACCUGGACCUUUGCUGACUGCUGUGGCCUGUGUGGUGAGCACUCAAGGGCUGACGAAAAUGCCACUGGCGAGAUCCUUGUCCAUGACAUCUCUGAAUGGGCUUCCUCAGUGUGAGGAUGAAGACAUGCCCGUGGAGGAUUUGUUGCUCUUUGAAAUUUCCUGGGAAGUUACCAACAAAGUGGGAGGCAUUUACACUGUGAUCCAGACAAAAGCCAAAACUACAGCAGAUGAAUGGGGCGAAAACUAUUUCCUGAUUGGCCCCUAUUUUGAGCAGAAUGUGAAGACUCAGGUGGAAUUCUCUGAACCUCCAAACCCUGCAGUUAAGAAGGCAAUGGACACCAUGAAAAGCCAAGGGUGUCAGGUCUUUUUUGGAAGAUGGCUGAUAGAGGGCAGCCCAUAUGUCUUACUGUUUGAUAUAGGAUCAGCAGCUUGGAACCUGGACAAGUGGAAAGGUGAAUUUUGGGAAGUCAGCAACAUAGGAAUCCCUUUUCAGGACCGAGAAGCCAACGAUGCUGUGAUUUUUGGAUCAUUAACAGCCUGGUUUUUGAAAGAGCUUUCCUGUCAGUUUGAUGAGAAGCCCAAUGUAAUUGCCCAUUUCCAUGAGUGGCAGGCAGGAGUGGGUUUAAUCCUGUCUCGAUCACAGAAACUCCCUGUCGCCACAAUUUUUACUACCCAUGCGACUCUGCUAGGGAGAUACUUGUGUGCAGCCAGUAUUGACUUUUACAACAACCUGGACCAGUUUGACAUUGACAAGGAGGCUGGAGAGAGGCAGAUUUACCAUCGGUACUGUAUGGAGCGGGCAUCUGUACACUGUGCCCACGUGUUCACCACAGUCUCUCAGAUCACAGCUACAGAAGCAGAACAUAUGCUUAAAAAAAGCCCUGAUGUUGUCACCCCAAAUGGCUUGAACAUUAAGAAAUUUUCAGCAAUGCAUGAGUUUCAGAAUUUGCAUUCCAUGUACAAGGCUAGGAUCCAAGAGUUCAUUCGAGGUCAUUUCUAUGGCCACCUUGACUUCGAUCUUGACAAGACUUUGUUUUUCUUCAUUGCUGGGAGAUAUGAGUUUUCCAACAAAGGAGCUGAUAUGUUUCUAGAAGCCUUAUCAAGAUUAAACUUUUUGCUGAGGGUUCACAAGACUGAUGUUACAGUUAUUGUGUUCUUCAUCAUGCCAGCAAAGACCAACAAUUUCAAUGUGGAAACCUUGAAAGGACAAGCAGUCCGUAAGCAGCUCUGGGACACUGCACAAUCUGUGAAAGAAAAGUUUGGAAGAAAGCUCUACAAUGCCUUGCUGAAAGGAGAAAUCCCAGACUUGAACAAGAUUCUUGACCGAGAUGACAUAAGCAUUAUGAAAAGAGCCAUCUUUUCAACUCAGAGACACUCUCUGCCUCCAGUGACCACCCACAACAUGAUUGAUGACAGCAAUGACCCAAUCCUCAACACCAUCCGGCGCAUUGGGCUGUUCAACAACCGCACAGACCGUGUGAAAGUGAUCCUACAUCCAGAGUUUCUUUCUUCAACAAGCCCCUUGCUGCCCUUGGACUAUGAGGAGUUUGUUAGAGGCUGCCACCUUGGUGUAUUCCCAUCUUACUAUGAACCCUGGGGCUACACUCCAGCUGAGUGUACUGUGAUGGGCAUUCCCAGUGUAACCACAAACCUCUCUGGAUUCGGCUGUUUCAUGCAGGAACAUGUUGCUGACCCAGAAGCUUACGGGAUCUACAUCGUGGACAGGAGGUUCCGCUCGCCGGACGAGUCGUGCAACCAGCUGACCCAGUUCCUGUACGGGUUCUGCCAGCAGAACCGGCGCCAGAGGAUCAUCCAGAGGAACCGCACUGAGCGCCUCUCGGACCUCCUGGACUGGAAAUACCUGGGCAGGUAUUACAUGCAUGCCAGACACUUGGCCCUCAGCAGAACGUUCCCAGAUAAAUUUGAGAUGGAACCAAGUGCUCCACCAAAGACGGAAGGUUUCAGGUUCCCCAGGCCUUCAUCAGUGCCACCAUCACCCUCUGCCUCCCAGCAUUCUAGCCCCCACCACAGUGAAGCCGAGGACGAAGAUGAGGAUGAGAGAUACGACGAGGAUGAGGAAGCUGAAAGGGACAGGCAGAACAUCAAGUCCCCCUUUUCCCUUGGAGCCUUGCCACAAGGAAAAAAGAAGCAGCAUGGAGAAUACAGGAACUGAAAUCAUUGCUCUCAUCCUGGCAUUGCUCCCCAUCCACUCAACAGUUUCUCCUGUAGGCUUGGCAAGCUUUGUGUUAAGGACAGUGUGAUUUAAUUAGGGGAACCAUAAAUGUUACUUGAGCUACACUCUUGGAAAGCCUAAUAUUAUUUCACUUUGAAAGUAGUUUAAAUGACAAUUUUUCUGUGCCCCUUUGAGGUAGAAAAGAUUUUUCAGUCUUAAUAAAACUAGAGAAUGAGACAAUCCUCUGAGGAGCUUACACAAACUGCAGAUCAUACCUUUAUCUAUGGAAUCACCUGUAUUAAUCAUAGUCUACACAAAUAGCUACAUCUUGGGUAUCCCAAAGGAAUUCCUGCUUCAUUUAUGUUCCCCUUCUCCCCUCCUAAAUGAACAUGAACAUUACACCAGAGCUCAAAAUAUUAGA